AUGGUAGCGCGCCGCGUUGGGAGCGGUUAUUCGCGAUGGGACAUGCCUGGCACGGUCGCCUUGAGAGAGAUCCGGAAAUACCAGCGCUCGACGGAGCUGCUGAUCCGCAAGCUGCCCUUUGCCCGCCUCGUGCGCGAAAUCACCCAGACGUGCGCCUCUCAUCCCCUCGCUCGCACCCUCCCGCGGCGCCGCCCCGACCCCUCUGCCGGGUGGUGCCCUAACGCCUGA